AUGCCCCAAUGUACGGAUUUUGUAGACGUCGAUUGUGCAAAAAAUCGCCUACAAGAGUAUUGUCAAGGACACUAUAUACCAUUACCAGUCUAUACAUUACUGGAAAAAGCCGGUCCUGAUCAUUCUCCAAUGUUUCAAGUUGAAGUUGAAGUGAAUGGAAUGAUUUAUACAGGUGAAUGGGCUCCAAAAAAGAGAGAUGCAGAAAAACUAGCCGCCUUAGAAGCAUGGAUUAGUAUUCAUAGGCCGCCAUCACCUAUCAAAGCUACACAUACGUGCGAAACAAAUGACCCGUGUGUACUAUUGGAAAAGAUAAAUUUAGAAGAAGAGCAAAACAUUGAAUCAAUGGAAUCGAAGAUAGUCACCAAUGAAGAUGUCGAACCACCAUUUCAUACGAAACGCGUUCCAAUGCGCGAUGGUGUUGAGCUUGUCGUCGACUAUUUUCUGGCUUCACCAACAAGUAAAUAUCCAGCCAUUAUCGAGAUUACACCUUAUGGUCGUAUUCUCGAACGGCCCAACUUCCGUAAUGAAGCUAGCUAUUGGAUCUCACAUGGCUACGCUUUUGUAAUCGCUGAUGUGCGUGGUACUGGUGACUCUGGAGGCGAAUUUCAAUUUUUUGUUAAUGACGGUAAAGACGGAUACGAUCUGAUCGAGUGGAUUGCACAUCAGUCAUGGUCAAACGGACGUGUUGGUAUGCGUGGGGGCUCUUAUACGGGCGGAAAUCAAUGGUAUACUGCGCGUGAACGUCCACCACAUCUGUCAUGUAUUACACCGAACACGUCACCAGGUGGUCCGAUGGAUGGAGUACCUUAUAAUAAUGGUGUAUUUGCAUUGCUAUGGUCAUUAAAUUGGAUUGGAUCUGCUUUAGAUAUCGCGCGGUCGCCAGCGGUGAAUCCUCAUCCGGAUCCCAUGACAUGGUUGAAUCAUCGUCCCCUUCACACAUUAGACGUUUAUGCGACUGGUCGUGAGUUACCUCUUUAUCGAACCUUUCUUGGUCAUCCCACAUUGGACGAUUUUUGGCACUUGAUUGAUUUCACCGCAAAGGAUUUCGAGGUCAUUACAAUCCCGACACUCGCAUUUACUGGUUGGUUUGAUAGCACACUGUCCGGUACAGUCGAGCAUCAUCAGGGAGCACGUCGCUUUUCAUCUCGUAAAGCAGACCACUUUUUAUUCAUUGGCCCUUAUUCACAUGGCACUGCACCCGAUGGUGGAUACGAUUAUAUGACAAAUGAACCAGUACCAACUGUAGGCGACAUUGCAGUGCCUGAUAAUGGUCUUUUACCAGCUAGAGAUAUGACCCGUCAAUUCUAUGAAUGGUGUCUAAAAGACAAGCCGCGACCGGAAUGGAAGCCGAUUAGAAUCUUUGUGACUGGAAGUAACAACUGGAUGACACUCAACAUCUUUCCACCAGAGAACGCUUACGAAAAAUUCAUAUUUUUGACAAGCGAAGGGCAUGCGAACAGCAUCUCAGGCGAUGGGCGUCUUCAAUGGACGCCACCAAUUACUACCAUGAUUGACCAGUAUCGCUAUGAUCCUAGUAAUCCGCUCAUGAUCGAUAUGACUAAGAAACAGUAUGAACUACCUGUUGACAUAAAUGAUCUUCUAGAUCGAAAUGAUAUUCUUGUUUACACUAGUGAAAUAUUAAAUAGUUCUCUGACAGUGAUUGGUAACAUCAUCUUCGAAUUGACAUUUUCGAGUACAGCACAAGAUACAGAUUUGGUAAUUCAUAUGAUAGAUGUCAUGCCAGAUGGUCGUUCGAUCAAGCUUGGUUCGGGAUUCUCCAGUUCCCUUCGCUUACGUUAUCGAGAGGGGUUAGAUCGUGAAGUUCUUAUGGUACCUGGUUCAAUUUACUUCGUUAGCAUAGAUCUAAAUGAAAUUGGACAUACAUUUAUGCCAUUGCACCGUAUUAGAAUGACAAUUACAAGCAGUUUCUAUCCAUGGCACAGCGUGAAUCCAAAUACGGGUGGUCCAAUUGCAACUGACAUUCAACCAUCUAUUGUAGCCAAUCAAACGAUUCAUCACAUACCUAGUCAACCAUCACGCAUUCGGAUGAUGGUGGUCGAGAAUCCCGUAUUUGAUCCAUAA